GGCCGGCCAUGGCCGACGCCGUCUUCAUGAACAAGGAGGAGGUGGACCUCGCGCCCAUCUACUACGACCCCGUGCACGACUUCGGCUUCUACCGCUUCGAUCCCAAGGCAGUCAAGUUUAUGGAGGUGAGGCAUGUUUCGUUUCGUGAGUCUAUUCAUCGGAAUAGACUGUUUUCGUUGCUCGAGGGUGGUUCGAACGAGUAUGGGGAGCGCGCCACCGCACGUGAUUUUUCCGAUCAGCAUCCUCGUCUGCCGGUUCGUUGUUGGGGAUCUGCUAGUGGUGCGUCUGGAGAGUAG